CUGUGUCUGCACAGGGCUUGCCUGCUGACUCUGCCCUCUCGGGAAAGAUGGGAAAGGGCUACAAGGUGGUGGUUUGUGGAAUGGCCUCGGUGGGAAAGACUGCGAUUUUGGAGCAGCUUCUCUAUGGAAAGCAUACUGUUGGCUUAGAAGAGGGUGCCACAAUGGAAGAUGUGUAUUUGGCGUCGGUGGAGACAGACCGAGGCGUGAAGGAACAGUUACGGCUUUAUGACACCAGGGGUCUGCAGGAAGGCGUAGAAUUGCCAAAACACUAUUUCUCUGUUGCUGAUGGCUUCGUUCUUGUGUAUGCCGUGACCAGCCUCGAAGCCUUCCAAAGAGUCGAACAGCUCAAAAAGGAGAUCGACGUCUUUAGAGACAAAAAGGAGGUAACAGUUAUUGUCUUGGGAAACAAAACUGACCUCCUGGACCAAAGGCAAGUGGAAACAGAAGCAGCACAGCAAUGGGCAAGGGCCGAGAAAGUGAGACUGUGGGAAGUGACUGUGACAGAUCGGAAAACACUGCUUGAGCCCUUCACCUUCUUAGCAAGCAAACUCUCCCAGUCCCAGAACAAAUCAACAUUUCCCUUGCCUGGAAGGAAGAGCAAAGGGAAUAACUGUGAUAACUAAGCUACCUUAGCAUUGUCUGCUGCUGCCAGGUCACAGCCUAAGUCCUUUGUGUGCCAUUUGCUUCUCACACUUAAAGCAAUAAUCUCAUUCAGCAAUAAAAUCAGCAAGCUUAUGGCUAAGA